AUGACGUCUCAGUGGCUUGGGAAUCCUCGGUAUACGCAAACUGGACGAGCCGCUCAAACGUCCUUUUGCUCACGUCGGGCCAUACUUCAGGUUCACCCACGAAGCCUUUGUUCACUAUGGCACGAAGUGGUUGCACUAUGGCACGAGUGGUUGGGAAAGUUGGGCUAUGGCUUCUUCGUGGAGGCGGAACUCGCUGGAUUUGCCAUCGACCCGCUGGCCGACGAAGAACGUGACGAUCCUGGAAUCAAGGAUUCUAUGCAUGUUAUUGAUAGUUUAUGUGACGGAAAUGGCUUCGAUAAUGACAAGGCUAGGCAGGUGAGACUUACUCUUUGA